AUGGAACACCAGGCGCGUCCUGAGCCUGUCCACAUUGGCGGCGACCGUUCGCCGAUUCCACAGAUGCUCACUCCGAUGCCUUCGAACACGUACACGUUUCCGGACAAACCAAGCGUGGGCCGCGUCGCGUGUCCGGGCCAGCACGCCGACGCGGUGAGUGGCAUCGCUCACCGCAUGCACGCGGCCGAGCACUACCAGUUUCGGAUUUCCGCGACUUGCGUGAUUUUGACCGUCGUCAACCUCUACGUUUUGCUGGAGCGCCUCGGGCUGAAAAAGAUGAACCUCAUUCUGCAGCUCGGCGCCGCCGCUGUAGUCCUCAGAGCCCUCCCCGCGGUGUGCUGCGCGUACAUGUGUUGGACGCGCCUGCCUGAUUCGCCCCGCGCGUCUGUGGACAGGCGAAGUUCGUCAGAGAACGGAAACGAAGACAGGGAAGAACGGCGAGGCGACUUUUUCGCGGGUGGCGCACUCCGCUUCUCGCGGCAAGCGGGCGCAACAGUUCAACCUCGGCAACCUGAGCACCGUCUUCUUUUGAAGCACCUCAGCCCUGAGGGCCUGGAAAUCGUGCUAGAGUCGGAAAGACGCCACCGCCGCUUCUCUCUCUGGGCGAUUGCUGCUCUUCUCCUUCUCGCUGCAAGUGACGCGUGCCAAGGCUACACGGACAUGUGGCCUUUCCUCCACCUCGAAAAAGACAAGAUUCUCGCGCAAGCAAGUGAGCGGCCGCCGCUCUUUGGCCCGCCACCGCCCGGGGUCGCCAGGGAAGGCUUCGCUGUCUAUCCACCUGAACCGAAACCGAGUUCCAGUUUCUUGGCCGUUGUCGCCGAGCAAGUCGCUCUCGUUCUCGCGCAUCUGCUCAGAGCAGCCGCUGCCUUCUGUCUCCUCAAAUCUGCCCACGUCCAGUGCGAAGCGGGAAACGCUAGAAAACGGCAAGAAACAUCCGAGAACACCCGGCACAGCACCACCGCAACUCGUGCCGCGGAUCGCGGCUCGGAACCGAAUUUCCAGCGGCCGCCGUCGCGUCGCAUCCGCCCAGCCUGGUGGCCGUCGAGGCCGUUCUAUCUGCAGGCGGUCCUGCAAUCCCCGUUUUACGUUCUUUGCUACUUGAUUCUCGUGCGCUGGACCUCUCUCCCUCCCUCGCCUCGCCCGCGUCUCUUCCGCUCGGUGCUCCUGGAGACUGCAGUCGCGACGGCAGGCAUCGACUGGACGCUCCGGCUUACCACCGUCGUCACGUUGUGUGCUUUGGCGCAAGGACUGAGUUGCUGCGCAUGCCGUGUGCUCAUGAAUUCGCUCAGCUCGGAAACAGAGCAGGAGAAACAGCCGGUGUUUGUUCGAACUCCCUCGAAAGUUCUCCUCUUCCUCGGCGUCAGUCUCCUCCUCUUCAGCGUCGCAGCAGGCGCCCUGACAGCUUUCCUGCCCUACGCCGCAGGUCUGGAGGACGUGUCCUACAUUUGGUGGAUGCUUCGACGCGCCUCGAUCGAAGAGCGAAUCGCCACGUGCGCAGGCGUCGCCGCGCAUUUCCUCGGCAGUUUCCUCGUGGGCUGCGCCGCGACAAGUUUCGGUCUGCAAAACCACCUCGUUUCCCGCGCACUCAGAGGCGACGUGAUCCACGACGCCGAACUGAACAGAGCUUCUGAGGCCAACCCCCCGACGCUGCUCGUUGGAGGAAAACCCGCGUUCUUGGCCGAAGAAAAAGCGGCGGCGCGCGCAAAAGCCGACUAG